AGAAGUGCAAGUGGAACAUUUCAAAACAACAAUCUUGGCUCCUUUUCAAAUGAGCUUCGGCAUAACGCGAGCGGCGACUUGAGCCUUCCUUGCUUUUUGCUUCACUUUUUGUUUUAGUUUUUAGUUUUCUUCCAUUUUCUUCUGUGGUUUGUCACGUCGGCAAAAGAGGAACAACUUGCGACUGCACCAACUUCUUCACUUGGGUGUUUGUUUGUUUGUUUGCUUUUUUAAUCCUUUGCAGCCGUUUCCUCCCGUCUUCUUGUGAACUUGUCACGUCAAGAUGUUUGUCUUGGUCGUGUUGCUUGUGACCGGUUCAACGGGCGCGGCACAGCGGGUGCGUUAUCCGCCGGCGACGUGCGCGGUGCGCGGCUCCACCGUGACGCUCUUGUGCUCCUUCACGCCCACCGAAGCGGUGGUGAGGACGGUGUGGUGCGUCAAUCACCUCAUCUGCCAAGGCUCCACGCCGUCCGUCUACGACAGCGCCGCGCUGCGGCAGGGAAACUGGCGCUACCUCUACCUCGGAGACUUGAAAAGAAACUGCACGCUGCAGAUCCACGACGUCCAGGAAAGAGACAACACCACGUUCCGGUUCCGGAUGGAAGCGCAAAACGAUGCCGGACAUUUCACUGGCAUCGCAGGGGUGAAGGUCACUGUCAUUGACGGCGAGCCGAUGAACGUGUCUAGCUCCGCCCCCGGCCGGGUGUCGGAGGGCGACACGGUGACGCUGAGCUGCGUCUCCAGGUGUUCCUUCGGCGGUCUGGCGGUCCGCUGGCACCGCGAUGGCCACGCCCUCCCGGAGUCGGGCCCCGCCUUGCGGCUGGGCCCCCUGGGGGCGGGCGCCUCGGCCAACUACACUUGUGUCCUCGUCACCAACCCUCGCACCAUGUCGCCGCCCUUUAGGCUCAACGUGGGACAACCCCACUCUGACCUCGCCGUCACUCUCGGCGUCUCCUUCGGCGUCCUGGCGGCGCUCAUCCUGGUCGGCGGGAUGGUCCUGUUGGCGGUGAAAAGGAAACGUCGGCCGGCGUCGCUUCGUGACGUCAAAGACGUACAAAACGACCGCGAGCGGGGAAGCGUUUACGACAAUACAACGACGACUCCCGAGCGAGGCGGACCCGACGGACAGGAAGUGGACCAGACUGUACAGGAAGUUAGCUACGCCGCCGUUCAGUUUAAACCAAAGGCUGUGAGCAGGUCGGCGGUGGCGAAGGAGGAGGAAGAGGAGGUGGUCUACUCGUCUGUCACGCGUUCGACCACCUGAGCGCUCGGUCGACACAAAGUGACGUCAUUUGGCAACAGGAAGUGAUGUCGCGUGCACGUUGACAGUGAUGUCACACUUGCUAAAAGUGCACAAAAAAAGAAGAACAAAAGAUAACAUUUGCUACGGCGCCAAUAAAGUCCACUCAAUCAAGUGUUGAUUGUUUCCGAUGAGAUCA